CAUACCAAAUUGCAAACCGGAUUGAUUCGGAUCAAAUCCAAUCCGUUCAUUAAAAGCUUAUCCAGAAACUAAAAAACUUCAUAUGAAUGGUCUGAAGGCAAAGUUCUUUCUUUUAUUCGAAGAAGAUGGCUCUUCUCUGUUUCAAUCCUCUCGCUCCCCUCUCUUCUCAAAGGCUUCAACUUUCGUCCUUCGCUUCACCAGUUUUCAGCCUUAAACCCAACACCGUCGAGUCUAAGAACAGAGUCUCUCUCAGUGCUUACAACUUGAGCAGUGGUUACAAAAGAGCUGUGAUUGUGAAGGCAGCUGCUUCUGGAGUCGACGGAGCUGAGCCCGAGAGCAAUGAGGAACCACCUAAGACUGUCGUCGCUGCUGUUCCAGUUGAUAAACUACCAUUGGAAUCGAAAGAAGCUAAAGAGAAGCUACUCCUGGAACAAAGGAUGAAGAUGAAGCUGGCCAAGAAGAUUAGGCUACGUAGGAAACGUCUGGUUCGUAAGCGUAAGCUGAGGAAGAAGGGUCGUUGGCCACCUUCCAAAAUGAAGAAGCUCAAGAAUGUUUAGAGCUGAUGCUAAUUUCUUCUCCCUCUCUUAUUUGAAUUUUUAUUUUGUAAUGUUGUUUGUAAAACUUAUGGAACCAUUGUUUUUUGGAUUAAUCUCAAGCUGAGUUAUUUAAAA